GUUGUUCUCUGUCCUUGGCGGCAAAAUGGAGCUACGUCGGACAAUCAGGUCCACUGUACUGGCACGAACUGUUCCCCCACGCCUGCUCGGGUCUCCAGCAGUCCCCCAUUGACCUCAAGUCGGAGGAAACCGUCUACAACCCAAACCUCAAGGACUUCGCUAUCUGGUACGACCCACCAAAACCAGACUCAAAGAUGUACAUCAAGAAUAACGGACACACAGAUGUCCAAGGAAGACAACCCAGUACUGAAAGACAUUGUUAGGGCUUUGAAACAUGUCAGAGAUCCCGAAAAACGCACCCGUAUCUCCCUCCCCCUGAUCUCUCUGCGUGACCUCAUGCCCGAUGACAUCAGCCGUUACUACCGCUACAACGGCUCCCUCACAACGCCCGGCUGUUUCGAGAGUGUCACCUGGACUGUGUUUGAUACCAAGCAAACCAUCUCACACAAGCAGCUGAAAGAGUUCAGAACGCUUCUCCAAUUCCGACGCCACCACAAUAAGAACCACCACCACAACAAGCACAACAACGGAACAGAGGAAGACAAGAGCGACCACCACGAUCGCCACAGGCGCUCACUGACCACUGCCCAGCGCAAGGCCGAACACCGGGCCGAGCAAGUGAGGGAAGAGCUGGGGAUCAAGGGAGAUGACUUCCAAGAGGCCUUGCUCAAGGCAGAGCUGUUGGAGAGACGGCAGGAUAGGAUGAUGGCGGACAUGCCUCAAGGACACUCUCACGAUGCUGACCAGAGUGUUUCCAAACCGCACGUGGAAGAAAGCCACCAAUCUGGACACAAGCCCCAUGAGUCUGAACCUGACGCAGAGCCAAAGUACGACACUGUGCAGCCAACUGCCGAGGUGGAGAUAGAAUUCACCCAAGACAUCUUGGUCAACAACUACCGACCAGUCCAGCCCCUCAACGAUCGCAUGGUACAGCGGAGCUUCAAACUGCGCGAGCCGGUGAGGGCGGAGGAAGAGCACGAUGAUCCGCAAGCCGGACAUGCGCACUUGAACGAGGGCUACGACGUAAAGUGCUCCGAGAAAUGCAGAAAUGACGCCACUAGAGUCGGCUGCUUGUCCGCCAUGACACUUCUGCUGGCUCUGUUCGUCAGCGCCUUUUUCGGUUCACGGCACGUUUGAGAGACGUCAUUUUGUACAUUGUCAUGUCAUGCUUUUGUUUUGUUGUCCAACUUCCAUUAUCAAUCA